AUGACGUCCCAAGCAGAUAACGGGCCCCAGCUGGCUGCUGCCAUAUAUGCUCUCCUCCCGCUAACGGCUAUCACGUUAGCCCUUCGGUGUUAUGUUAGAGUGCGCAUGUUGAAGUUCUUCAAGGCGGAAGACUGGCUAGCGGUUGCGACGAUGAUAUGUUUUAUAAUUUAUUGCACGAUCGUCUUGAUAAGCAUUUCCCAAGGGGCAGGCAAGACGAUGUCCGAGGUCCCCCUUCAGAAUUUUCCAACGAUUCUCAAGAUGAGAUACGCGGGCGAGAUUGUAUAUAUCAUGACGUCCCUAUUAAUCAAGUUCACAGUCGGCCUCUUCCUCUUGCGCAUCUGCUCCGUGGUAUGGCAGAGAACGGUCAUCUGGACCGUGUUGUUCGUGGUUCUUGUCUACAGCAUCUUCUUCACUUUUAUGGCCAUAUUCCAGUGCCACCCCAUUCAAUACUACUGGACCCAAUACACCGAGAAGAUAGAGGGAUCAUGCUUCAGCGAUGAUUUGAUCAGGGGCACGUCUUACGCAGCCGCCGUGAUAAACGCGAUCUCCGAUUGGAUCCUGGGCCUCUUGCCUAUCGCACUCAUAGGGAAACUGGAGCUAUCAAAACGUUCCAAGAUUAUGGUCUCUUGCACCCUAGCUUUGGGGUCUAUAGCAUCGAUAGCGACCAUCAUCCGCAUCCCGUAUAUCUGGCAGCUGUCUAGCGCUAACGACGACGUGCUCCACGUAUUCACCGUCGUGUCCAUCUGGUCGACGGUCGAGAACGGGCUGGGCCUCAUCGCCUCCUCGCUCGCCACCCUGCGCCCGCUCUACCGGAAGCUCUUCGGGACGGCGGGCUCGCGCGCGCGCACGCCGUCCGCGAAGCGGCGCUCCUUCUACUCCUGGCGCAAGUCGGGCACCGCCAACGUCGCCCACCUGCGCGGCGAGCCCAACGCCGAGUACUACCGGAUGGGCAAGUACCCGAACCGCUCCCAAAACAGCAACAGCGCGCGGGACUCGCGCGAGGAUUUCGGCGUCGGCGGCGGCGGGGUCUACGACGGGUAUUCCGGGAGGGAGUACGGCAGGGAUUACGGAAGGGAGCUCGGAAAGAUUCCGGAGAGGGUUAGGAUACGCGAUGCGCGCGACGAGGUGGAUGUUACGUACCCGUGA